GACGCUCCAUGUGUGGUAACGCGCUCUGCCGCUGCCACGCUAUUUAAACACCGGCUAUGGAUCCAGGAACCCGCGCGAAUCAAUGAGAUCAAACGCGAAGGAGAUGCACGUCAAUUACAAGCACUUGGACAAGUCUAACUUUUUUUUUCUUUUACAAAUAACGCCUUCUAAAGCGACCUUAACAACGCCCAAAUAAGAAGCCAUCUCUAAGCAAAAUAGCAUAUGUCUAAAGGGAGGGCGAAUAUAUAUACAUAUUUAUAAUAAGUAUAUGUGUAUAUUAGAGACGCACAGGUUUACACUCGGUGAACUUUUUUGAAAAAAAAAAAAACUAGUGACAUUGCAGAGGAGCCUUCUUCUUUAUCUUUUGGCGCGUUAGCGAAGGGGGGAUUCUGUUUUCUUGGAGCGCCCAAGGGGGCGCAGGGACCUCGGCAAGAAGAGUGGGGAGGGACGAGCAAGGGUGGGUGGGUGGCAGAGGGCGAGUCGGCAAGGCUAGGGCUGUGUCGCGGCGCGAUGCGGUCGGUGCGGGUGCUCACUUGGUCUGCGUGCGUGCUGCUGGCGGGGGCGCUGCUGGCUGGCGGAGCGGGUGGCGGCCGCGGGGGCGCGGGCCCAGGUGGCGGGCGGCGCGCGCGGGAAGUGCUGCCGCCGCAGAAGAUCGAGGUGCUGGUGCUGCUGCCCCGGGACGACUCCUACUUGUUCUCGCUCGCCCGGGUGCGGCCGGCCAUCGAGUACGCGCUGCGCAGCGUGGAGGGCAACGGCACCGGGCGGCGGCUACUGCCCGCCGGCACUCGCUUCCAGGUUUCCUAUGAAGACUCGGACUGCGGCAACCGCGCGCUCUUCAGCCUGGUGGAUCGUGUCGCCGCGGCCCGCGGCGCCAAGCCUGACCUGAUCCUGGGGCCCGUGUGCGAGUACGCGGCAGCGCCGGUGGCUCGGCUCGCGUCGCACUGGGACCUGCCCAUGCUGUCUGCGGGAGCGCUGGCUGCCGGCUUCCAACACAAGGACUCUGAGUACUCGCACCUCACGCGCGUGGCUCCUGCCUAUGCCAAGAUGGGCGAGAUGAUGCUCGCCUUGUUCCGCCACCACCACUGGAGCCGCGCUGCCCUGGUCUACAGCGACGACAAACUGGAGCGGAACUGCUACUUCACCCUCGAGGGGGUCCACGAGGUUUUCCAGGAGGAGGGCUUGCACACAUCUGCCUACAAUUUCGACGAGACCAAAGAUUUGGACUUGGACGACAUAGUGCGCUACAUCCAGUCCAGCGAGCGAGUGGUGAUCAUGUGUGCCAGUGGAGACACCAUUCGGAGCAUCAUGCUGGCAGUGCACAGACAUGGCAUGACCAGUGGAGACUACGCCUUCUUCAACAUUGAACUCUUCAACAGUUCUUCCUAUGGAGAUGGCUCGUGGAAGAGAGGAGACAAACACGACUUUGAAGCUAAGCAAGCGUACUCAUCCCUUCAAACAGUCACUCUACUGAGGACCGUGAAACCUGAGUUUGAGAAGUUUUCCAUGGAGGUGAAAAGUUCUGUUGAGAAACAAGGGCUCAAUGAGGAGGAUUACGUGAACAUGUUUGUUGAAGGUUUCCACGACGCCAUUCUCCUCUAUGUUCUGGCUUUACAUGAAGUACUCAGAGCUGGCUACAGCAAGAAGGACGGAGGAAAAAUCAUCCAGCAGACCUGGAAUAGGACAUUUGAAGGUAUCGCCGGGCAGGUGUCCAUAGAUGCCAAUGGGGACCGGUAUGGUGACUUCUCUGUGGUUGCCAUGACUGACACUGAAGCAGGCACCCAGGAGGUCAUUGGUGAUUACUUUGGAAAAGAGGGCCGAUUCAAAAUGCGAUCCAAUGUCAAGUAUCCUUGGGGCCCUUUGAAACUGAGAAUAGAUGAAACCAGAAUUGUGGAGCACAGCACCAGCUCUCCCUGCAAAUCAUCAGGUGGCCUAGAAGAAUCAGCAGUGACGGGGAUCGUGGUGGGGGCCUUACUAGGCGCUGGUUUGCUAAUGGCCUUCUACUUUUUCAGGAAGAAAUACAGAAUAACCAUUGAGAGACGAAACCAGCGAGAAGAAAGCAAUGUGGGCAAACAUCGAGAGUUACGGGAAGAUUCCAUCAGAUCCCAUUUUUCAGUGGCUUAAAAGAAGGGCCUCCCUCAAUAUCCCUCUCCCUCUCUUCUGCUUGAGAUUCCUUAAGAGAUAGAUGAAAUGAAAGACAUCAAUGGAACAGAAGGGGCAUUCUUGGAGAAUUCCUUCUUUUAAGCAGUAGUUAUUUCAUUUUAAAUUUCCUUUAGAAGCUCAGGAACUAUUGUUAAUCACCAUCUGCCUCCCAGCCCUUCAUCUCAUGAAAACAAAGAUGGGUAUAGAAUCUCAGUUAAAUGUUCUGAUGGCUGAAAGGACAUAUGAUUAGAUUUGUGUUUAAAAAAACUGGUGUCCCCAUAUCUUGAUGACUUUGGUGGCAUUUCCCAUAAGGAUAUAAAAAUGUGGUUUUCUCAAAUGAAAUGUUUUGUAGCUAGAAUAAAACAAUUUUUACAAGUAAAAUAUUCUUGGAAAGAAUUUAACACCCAGUGAGAGGACAAUGGAAUGAAAAAAAAUCUCCAAGCUGGAAGCACUGUGCUCCUCUCUCUGGAACUAGUGAACAGGUUUGUAGUGGAUGAGAGCUAUGUCCAGUGUCUACAUUCAGGCCUGACUUAUCUCAAGAAAAGCUCCUUCUUAGUCUCUAUCAGUGUCUCAUAAAAGCUACUUUGGAAAACUGUAAAUAUUAGUGAGUUAGGAGGAUUUACAUAAGAAAAGUGAGUCUAAAAUAUUUAUUUAUGUUAAAAAGCUCUACUUCGACACUAAUGUUUUAUUUUUAAGUAUUUUAAUCUUAUAUUUUGGUAUUAGAAGUGCAUCUAUUUUUCAUUUUGAAGAUUAAAGUUCACUUAUAUUUUCAAAGCGUAGGGAGAGUACCCACGGAAGCCGUGGUGACGUAAGAUGCCCUUUCUCUGCUUUCUUAGUUCCCUUGACUGUGCCCAAAUGCUAAUUCCUGCCUUAACUGCAGAAGUCUAGAAAUACGUUCAGAUUACAAAGUCUAAAGGAAUACAUUGAUGCUAAGCCACUCUACAUUUUUAAUUAUCUUAACUGUAAGUUAUUGGAGGGCUGCAUCUCUUCUGAAUGUUGAUCAAAUGAGGCGUUUCAAGAUCAAGAGUGGAAAGUCAGUAGAAGGAAGUGGCUUUUAUGAAGGAAUGACACCGUUUCCCCUUAAGGACUAUUUGAGAGUGAAAAUUUGACAUUAAACACAGAAACAAUAAAUCAAAAAGCAUAUACAUGAAGUUUAUCAAAUUUCUAAGUGCUGAUUUUGGUUGAAAGUGGGAAUCUCUAUGUGUGCUCUAUCUGCUCUCAGUCAGCCACAAAACACCUGCAGAGUCAGUGUGCUGGCAUAGACUUAAGGACUCUGGGCAGGACUGGGUCAGUUUUUACUGGAUAUCGGCUUCGCGCUCAGUUCUGUGCAUGAAGGUUUAAACCCAGUUCCCCGCUAUCACCUCUGCUUAUCAAAGGAGGGAUGGAAAAUCUGUUCAAUGAGGGUACCAUCUUAUAAUCAUGCCUUUCCUUCGUAAUAUGUUGAGCAUCUGAAGCACAAUAAAAAUCAUUUCCAUGUCUAUAAGGAAAAGGAGGGAACUUGCACAAUUCCUUGGCAGCUGUUCAUUCACACAGGUUAACCGUGGAGGAGAGUUAAGUGAAAGUAGCAUGUUCUGGAAGCUGUCCUGUGCAAUGCUUGCUUCCCAGGAGAGGACUGCAUCUGUUACUCCCACUUCAGCCAAAGUGAACAAAUUGCUUGUGUGAGGUGUGCUUCCCCUUUAUUGUUUAGAAAAUGGGGUGCAAACAACUACCUUGUAGUUGCAGAUGCCUGCUGUGAAGGAAAAGUGCUGACUUCAAAAGGAGUGAAAAAAGAAAGCAAGAGAGGCAUGCUCUGAAAUUGUGAUGGAAGAGGAGAAUUUGAGAAGCAAAACUCAGGAAAAGUGUUUGAUGGCUGGGAACUCCCCAGAGUGAAAACAGAACAGACAGAUUGCAACCACCUCAGUUCAUGAGUCAGAGAGCUUAUUUCUCUCUCUCUUUUUAAAUUUUUCAGUGUUGUUUUCCAUAUAUUUUAAAGAUACUCAUUUUCUAACAUUUAUUUUUUUUGAACCUAUAUGCUUAUGGGAGGGUGCGUGGGGGAAGCACUCUACCUUUCUAGAAUUUAUAUAGUGACUCCUUAAUACCAACAUCAGUACAGCAAAUAUUUCUUAUUUCUACUUCAGACAGAGGAAUAGUUCUAAAUUUACUAUCAUAUCCCCAGAUAAAAUCUUAAAGAUGAGUGGUAAUAUAGUCUUUUUAAAAGAUACAAUAAAUUGUGAAGUUUCUGGUAUGUGGAAAGCAUUCCUUUCAGUUUUAAAGCAAUUCCACUAUUAAGCAGGUUGACUGUUUAAUUGCAUGUCUGUUGUGUAGUUUUUGUUCUUUAAAAAAAAAAUCUUUAUGAGUUACCAAAACUCCAUUAGAUUGGGAAACAUUUGCUGAAAGGAUAGGUGCCUGUUCCAUGGUGGGCCUGAGUUAGGACCUCUUGAAAUUACAUUGUGGGACUUAAAUUCCUAAUUGUUAAGCAACAUCUUUGACAACUAGUCGUUCAUUAUCUGCAAAUAGCCACAUAUCAUAUAGGAAAAUAAAUGGGACUUUAGUUCUUAAAUCAUUCUCUAAAUUUUUAUCUCUAAAUUCAACAUGUUUGGGUUUCAAAAGGGAUAUUUUAUUAAUAUUUUUCCUCAUCUGGUCAAAUAUAAGCUCACAUACAAGUUAAAAUAAGCAUAUACUUUGGGGUGGGGAAUAAACAAAUUAUAUAGCCGUUAUUAUCUUAGAUUUUGGAGAGAGGGGGAGGAACUCAGACAUGAAAGUGUUGUGUGUGAAGUCCGUAUCUCUUCCCAUCUCUGCCAGAGGUUUUACGAAGAAGCCCUGUCAGCAUUACAUUUCUCUGAAGAAACAUCAAUUUGUCUUCCAGAACCACAGACAUGCAUCCAAAGGCCCCAAAAUAGCUCUUUACAUUGCAGAACUAUAUUAAAGGAGAGGGAGAAACACAUGCGAAGAGAACAGAUGCCUCUUUUUCUUCUCUCCUUGGAAUGAAAGGCUUUUGCUCUAGAACGCUAUGUCUCUCGGCUUACCACCUUCCUGUGCCUUUAGUAAAGGCACAUGCACCCUCUCAGCCCCUAACUUACUGCUUUUCCUUUGGUUGGGACUGGGCUACUUGUACAAUCCUUUUAGGAGACAAAAAAGGAAUAUUAUGCCACCAAUAUUAAGGGAGUGUUUAUAAAUUGCAAAGUAAUAAUGCCCAAGUUUCUUGGGACACAAAAAACUCAGAUCCUUAAUGGAGUCAGCCAUGAAGGAAAACACCAAUGGACAUUUGACUCUUCUACCUUCAUGUCAUGGAUUUUGUUUAGUUACACCCUGUGGUUCAGGGCUUCAUAAGGAAGCUGAUAAUGAACUUAAUUUCUCAUUCAGUGGGAAAACCUCAAGCUGUCUAGAAACACAAAGUAUGUUUUAGGGGCAGCGUGGAAGCAGGAAGAAUGAGCUGGUACCAUCAGAAGGGUCAGUCCCUCUUCUAGUUGGUCUUUAGAACAGAAGAAUAACCAAUAUUUAGCCCUUCUUCAGUCAAACUGAGUGAGAGCUUUGGACAUGCCCAGUGAGAAGAAUCAGGAUUUUGAGCCUUCUAGAGAAACAGAGAGAACAGUUUUGCAGACUGCCACCGUCUCCAUCACUUUUCUUCCCUGAGCCCCAGUCACAAGCCAUCAUGGCUCAAUAGAUGCACUAGCAUCUUGCACAUGCAGGUGGGAACUUGUGCGUAGGCCUCCACUCUUC